GCAUCUCCCCCUGUACUGAGCAAGCUCUGAACAUGCAGCUGAUAAAGUCUGCCGGGUCUGUGCUGCUGCUUAUAGUCUGGGGCGUCAGUGCCACUUCUCAGCCAGGAGAGGACCGGCUCCGGCACACACACAACCAGGAUCUAAGUGCGGUGCAGGACGAUCUCCUUGUGAAGCUGCUGUCUGGAUGGAUGGACAACGCAGACAGUAACUCACAAGAGAUUGAUAGAGGCGUUUCCGAUAGUUUGGAGGGCAAGUCAAUAGCACGUUCAUCUGCAAUGAAGCUACCCGACCUCACCAUACGUGAGCGCAAAGCCCCCUGCAAGCAUUUUUUCUGGAAAACCUUCACAGCUUGCUGAAGACAAGGGCCUGGCGCAGAUGUAAAUAACGUGACGUUGUCUGUACGUCCUGUUCUGGCUGCAUCAUUUAUUAAGUAUUUGUUUCAAAUAAAAAUAGAGAAAUUGUCCUGCA